GAAUUGAAAGAACAAGCGUCGGCGUGACUGUGACGAUAAAGAGAAACGUAGAAUUUAUUUUUUAAUUUCUUUGUGAGAAAAACAAAGUUUAUACUUUUCAGACAUGGCAAGAAAUAGUGAAAAGGCAAUGACUGCCUUGGCACGAUGGAGGGCUGCUCAUUUGGAUGACAAGAAAGAAGUGGAGCGGCGUCCAUAUUUGGCAACUGAAUGUGAUGAUGUGAAGAAGGCGGAGAAAUUCCGCCGUCAAAUUAUUGGAGAAAUCUCAAAGAAGGUUGCACAGAUACAGAAUGCUGGUUUGGGAGAGUUUAAAUUACGAGACAUAAAUGAUGAAAUCAACAAACUAUUACGAGAGAAGGGACAUUGGGAGGACAGAAUAAAGGAACUGGAUGGACCAGACUACAGGAAAAUUGGACCAAAAAUGUUAGACCAUGAAGGAAAAGAAGUCCCAGGGAAUAGAGGCUAUAAAUAUUUUGGGGCAGCAAAAGAUCUGCCUGGUGUUAGAGAAUUGUUUGAACAAGAACCUCCCCCACCACCUAGAAAGACACGAGGAGAGUUGAUGAAGGAUAUAGAUGCUGAUUAUUAUGGUUACAGAGAUGAAGAUGAUGGUGUUAUUAUACCUCUAGAAAAAGAAGCAGAAAAGAAAGCAAUAGCAGAGAAGGUACGAGCAUGGAAAGAGAAACAAGAACAGAUUGCUAGAGGAGAAAAAACUGAAGAUUCUGAGGAAACUUCAGAAGUACCAAGAUUGUUUGAGAGAGAAGAAGAAGAUAUGGAUGCUGAUGUUGAAGAACCGAGCACUGCAGAGGAAUCCGACAUGACACAUUUUAUUGCACAUGUUGAUGUACCAUCACAAAAACAGAUAGAAGAAGCUUUACUGGAACGAAAAAAGAUUGGAAUUACUUCAAAAAAUAUGCCAGUGAUGAUCUGCAAGCUGAGGAGGGUGAAGUGAAGCAAAUGUUAGGGGUUAUGAUAAAUUUUGCAGAAAUUUAGAAUGUCUUAAAAGUUUGAUUAAACACAAAGUGAUAAACUUGGCUCAGUGAAAGGCAAAUGUUAGGGUGAUGAUAAAUUUUGCAGAAAAUUUAGAAUGUCUUAAAGUUUGAUUAAACACAAAGUGAUAAACUUGGCUCAGUGAAAGGCAAAUGUUAGGGUGAUGAUAAAUUUUGCAGAAAUACAAAGUGACUUAACAUUUGAUAAAAUGCAAAGUGAUAAAACAUUGGCUCAAUUGCAAGGAAAAAAACACAAGCCUGAGCUUGGAAAUUGAAUUCUACUAUUGAUGUAAUGAUGUUUAAAAGUCAGAGUCAUGAUAUGAUGGGACAUAUAAAAAGACGUGAGAGAUUUUGGAAAUCAGCUCUAUUCAAAAGGCAGGUACAGGGUUAGAUGCUGAUGUAUCUAUAAAUAAUGUUCAAGAAUGUGAUGCUGUGAAUUUAUUUUGCAAUCAGGUGUAUGAUCAUUCACAUACCGGUAAUCAUCAGAGAUCUAGCUGUUCACACUGAUUCUCAAAGAAAUUUUAUUAAUUUGAUAAAUUUUUAUUUUUUCUAGCUUGACUUUUGAAAGAAUUAUAGUCUAUUUUUGUGGUGUGUGCAUUGUAACUGAGUUAAAUCCCUUUAAUAUCCUAAAAAUUAUUUUUCAACAGCCACAAAAGAUAUUCAUUUAAAAAGUGCAAUAGCUGCAGGUCACUAGCCAAUACCUGUAACAUUAGCAUGAGUUUUGAUGAAUUAUUGCCAAUUGUAAACCAAGAACAUAAUUACAUGGCUCAUGUUUUACUAUCAGGCACUGAAGAAAGUUGAUCAGAAUGUUUUGUGACAGUUUCCCCUUAGCAUUGAAGUGGCACUAGCAUUUAAGUGGCACUGUCAUCAUAACACUGACGACAAAAUAUUUACAUGCAAUGUGGUGUCUCUAAAACUACUGAAGAAAUUGGUUGAGACUUCACAAACUUUUUCAAUGUAGUUAUUCAACAUGAGGGGCGUCUGUGGCCUAGUGGUUAAGGUCGUUAACUUCAAACCAUUUGCCCCUCGCCACUGUGGGUUCGAAUCUUGACAGGGACAUCUUUCAUGUGAGGAAGCUAUCCAGCUAGCUUACGGAUUGCGGUGGUUCUUCUCAGGUGCCCGUUCGUGUCUGAAAUAAUGCGCAGAAGGUCUUCUUCCACCAGUAAAGCUGGAACGUUGCCAAAUGACCUAUACUGUGUCGGUGUGACGUAAAACCCAAUCAAACAAACAAACAAUUCAACAUGAUGGGCACAGGUAUUGCAACUCUGAGUUACAUUUUACAGAUUUAUGCCCCUUUUCUUAUUAUCAAGCACUGAGAAUAGUCGAGCGUGCUCAGUCUUAUGGACAGCUCCCUGUUCAUAGAAGUGUUUUUUUCUUCUUUACAAAGAAGUUGGACGUAUGUGUCUUAAUUGUUUCUUAUUGUUAUUGUGAAUGUGUCUUAUUACAAGCAGGAAGUUAAAGUGGAAUUGACUUGGCAGCUAAUUGUAAAGGUUGAAUGUUAGAAGCGACAUAUACUUUAUAAUAGGUCCUAUUCUUUACUUUCUGUUUCUGUAGAACUUUUGUCAGUAUGGAUAUUGAAUAAGGAAAAUGUCUUUUUUUCUUUAUGCCUCAGUAUGGAAUAAAUUUUUAGAAAGAGCAAACAGGAACUUUAUAACAUAUAUAUAAUGGUUUAAAGUCAUGUUAGAUGCUUUCAACUUGAAGAAAUAGAGCUGAAUCAUAAAA